AUGGAGGAGGAUGUUGAUUUGUGCCCCUACUGGCGACAGAGGAUGGAGAAAGAGCUGCCUCAAGCACCGGCAGAUGCUGAAAUCAUCAAGUUAUACUUCUUUGGGCAUUGGCGCAAGGAGGAUGAGGUGAAGGUGUCCGUGCGCAACGACUCCGAGCCGGCUACGGUGACGCCCUUCCUGGACGCGCGCGAUCCCUUGCGCGGCUUCGAUUUGUUCAAAGCCGCCAGCUACGAGUUCCUGCACGGUGCCUCCUGGUCCUCCGUGCCGGUGGCCGGCUUCUAUGCUGGAACGCAGGCAUAUUUGAUUCGGCCCUCAUCGGCACGGAAACUUUUGAAGCAGAUCCGGGGGAAGCCCUUUCAGGCGCACGGGAUGGGCGGCGGCCAUGGCCACGGAUGGGGGGAGUAG